AUGGAUGAAUGUACACAAAUUUCAAAUGUACCAGAUCAAGAAUCAAUUGAAAAGGUUGUAACACAAAUUUCACCUCAUCAAAAAACAAUGGACCCAUCUUCAGUGGGCUUUGUUUAUCAUUGGAUGUUUUCAAUGAUGGCAUCAGCAUUAAACCUCAAUAAAUUACCAAACAUAAAUAAUGAAAAUAAUUUAAUAAUCGAUAAUAAUAAUAGUAAUAGUAUUAAUAAUAAUAAUAUUUUAAAAAAUAAAAAAAUAAAAUCAGAAAAUGACAGUAAUAAUAAUAAUAAUAAUAUUAAUGAAAAUAGUACAAAUAAAGAUGGUGAAAGUUGCAUUCAAUCUUUAAAUGAAAUCAUUUUAUCAUCACCAGAGUGUUCAUCAUCAUCAUCCUCCUCCUCAUCAUUAUCAUCAUCAUUAAAUAUUGAAGAAUCCGAAAAAAUUAAAAAUUGUGUAGAUGAUUGUGACCAUAAUCAACAUCAAAAUGAAAAACAAGAAAAAUGUAUUAACCAAGAUAAUAAUCAAAAUAAUAAUAAUAAUAAUACUAGUACAAUUCAACAUUUUAAUGAAAUUAACUCUUUAAAUAUUCAAAAUUUAAAUCAACCAAAGAAAACAUUAAUUUUAGAUUUGGAUGAAACUUUAGUUCAUUCAACAUUAAAACCAGUAACACAUCAUCAAAUUACAGUUAAAGUUUUAAUUGAAGAUAUGGAUUGUACAUUUUAUGUUAUUAAAAGACCACAUGUUGAUUACUUUUUGGAAAAGGUUUCACAAUGGUACGAUAUAGUAAUUUUCACUGCCAGUAUGCAACAAUAUGCCGAUCCAUUACUCGAUCAAUUAGAUACUCAUAAAGUUUUCAAAAAAAGAUUAUUUAGAGAUUCUUGUUUAGAAAAACAUGGAAAUUUCGUAAAAGAUUUAUCGAUGAUUGAUCAAGAUUUAACUUCAACUAUUAUUAUUGAUAAUUCACCAAUUGCAUACUCGAAUAACCUUGAAAAUGCUUUACCAAUUGAUAAUUGGAUGGGUGAUAAUCCAUCUGAUACUUCUUUGUUAUCAUUGUUACCAUUCUUGGAAAUGAUUAGACAUGUUCAAGAUGUUAGAAGUAUCCUCUCUUUGAGGUUAAUUAAUAAUAUGCAAUAA